AUGGUCACUAGUAAGAAGACGACGACCAUCAUCUGUGUGGUGUCUUUUGUCAUAUUGAUAAUUGUGUCGGCCUGCGCUAUCGGUGCCAUUCGCAGCCAAAUUAACAAAGCCAAAAAUGCGGCUGACAAUGCUGUUAAAUUCACACCCAAGACCAAAAUGAUGGCAAUCAAAGCCAUCUGCCAACCCACAGAUUACAAGGAGACUUGUGAAAGCAGCCUCUCUCCGGCAGGAAAAUCCGGUACCGGAGACCCCAAAGAGCUUGUCAAGCUCGCUUUUGAGGCCGCGGUGGAUCAACUCUACGGCGUGAUCAUGAAGUCCACAGAAGCUCCCCAAAAUGUCACGGACCCUUUUGUAGUUGAGGCUUACAAGACCUGUCACGAGCUCUUGGAAGACUCCAUUGACGAUCUCCGGAAAUGUUUUCACGUGUUUGAUACUUUUGAUAUCAGCGAAUUGGAUGAUUAUCUUGAGGACCUCGAGACAUGGCUCAGUGCAGCCAUCACUUACCAGGAGACUUGCAUGGAUGGCUUCGAGAACACUGCAGGCGAUGCCGGGGAUAGAAUGAAGGCCAAGUUGAAGAUGUCCGGUGAGCUCACGAGCAAUGCCCUCGCCAUUGUCUCAAAACUCUCCACCGUCCUCAAAUCUAUUCAAUUGACCCCCUUCUUUGGCCAGCGACGGCUCCUUUCGGAUUCAAAACCAGAGAUUUUCAAUGGGUACCCUUCUUGGAUUGGUCCUGGGAAACGCAGGCUUCUUGAAGCAACUCCGGCGAUGAUGAAACCGGACAUUGUUGUGGCUCAGGACGGGUCGGGGAAGUACAAGAGUAUCAAUGAAGCCCUCAAGGAUGUUCCUUUGAACAUCAACAAGACCAUUGUUAUAUACAUCAAGGAAGGUACCUAUCAGGAGAAUGUGGAGCUUAGUAAGAGCAUGUUGGAUGUUGUGUUGGUUGGAGAUGGCGCGACCAAAACAAAGAUCACCGGAAACAGGAGUCAUGGCAGCGGUUUCAAUACAUAUAAAACUGCAACUCUUGCUGCAAAUGGAGACUGUUUUAUCGCCAAGGACAUUGGAAUCGAGAACACUGCAGGAGCUAUAAUGCAUCAAGCAGUGGCACUCCGUGUAUCAGGCGACAUGUCCAUCAUCUACAACUGCCAAAUCCACGGCUAUCAGGAUACCCUCUACGUUCAUACUCACCGUCAGUUCUACCGUGAUUGUACCAUCUCCGGUACCAUCGACUUCAUCUUUGGCAAUGCUGCAGCUGUCUUCCAAAACUGCAAGUUGGUGGUGAGGAAGCCGCUCCACAACCAAGCGUGCAUGGUCACGGCUCAAGGAAGGACCGAGCGCCACCAGACCACGGCCAUCGUCCUCCAGAACUGCACCAUCACUGCUGCAGUGAACUUACUGGCUUCUGGGAAGCCAGCCAAGGUGUUCCUCGGACGACCAUGGAAGAAAUUCUCGAGGACCAUUAUUAUGAACUCGAAUAUUGAUGGUCUGAUCGAACCAAAAGGGUGGCACACUUGGCAUGGUGAUAUGUAUCUUGACACUCUCUGGUAUGCCGAGUAUGACAACAGAGGUUCCGGUGCAAUACUGACUAAGAGAGUGACAUGGCCAGGUAUCAAGAAGAUUACUUUAGAUGAAGCCUCCAGUUUCACUCCCAAAAAAUUCCUUCACGGCGAUGUAUGGAUUCCGGCUGCCGGAGUGCCCUACACAGUCAUUAGGUUCGAGUGGGGGCGAUGGGUACAGAAGAAGGAAAGAUCAAGAUCGACAAGUUCAAAUGGUGAAGAUUUUGGGUUAUGGAAGAUGCAGAUUGAAGAUUAUUUGUAUCAGAAGAAACUGUAUCAGCCUCUUUCUGGAAAGAAACUAGAAGAGAUAAAGGACAAUUACUGGGCCCUUCUUGAUCGGCAGGCAUUAAGGGCUUGGCAGCUCAUUCAAAAUGGAUCUGAGAUUUGUGUUGAAUUAGAUUACUGA